GAACAUGGCGGACUUUGGAGAGAUUCUCCGCACCAUUGGAGAGUUUGGAUUAUUUCAGAAGAUCACUCUUUUUGCUCUUUGCUUCCCAAAUCUUAUCCUGCCUUUUCACUUUGCCAGUGUAUUUUUUAUUCAGUCAGAUCCAGAUAGACACUGUAACACAGACUGGAUCCUUCGGGCAGACUCUAACCUGACCACAGAUGAGCAGCUGAACCUGACUCUGCCCCGAGAGGAUGACGGGACCUUUAGCAAGUGUCAGAUGUUUGUCCCUGUGAACUGGUCUAUUGGUGCCAUCAGGGAGUACGGACUCAAUGAGACCACAGGGUGCCAGAAUGGAUGGGUGUACUCCAACACGCUGUACGAGGCCACCAUAGUCACUGAUUUUAAUCUAGUUUGUGACCAGAGUAAUUUGUUGGAAUUAGCUCAAGCAGGGUUGAUGGCUGGCAUUCUUUUUGGUUGUCUCUUAUUUGGACCUUUUGCUGAAUCGUUUGGUCGUAAACGAGCCGCUCAGAUCCCAGUCGUUGUGAUGCUCAUAUUUACUGUCACGACUGGAUUAUGUCCAAACUUCUUUUUGUAUAUGGCAUCCCAGUUCAUAUUGGGACUUGGCUAUGGCGGUUAUCGACUGAAUGGCGUCAUAUUGGCCACUGAGUGGAUCGGGGUGUCCAAAAGAUCCUGGGGAGCAUGUAUUACUCAGCUAUUUGGAGCAGUUGGACAGUGCCUCCUGGCUGGUAUGAUCUACUUCAUCAGAGACUGGAGACUGGCUCAGCUAAUUACAGCAGCUCCACUGGCAGUUGUUGCUAUUUACAUAUGGUUUAUACCAGAGUCAGCCAGGUGGUUGUUGGACAGAGGCAGGACAGAGGAGGCUAAACAGCUGAUUACCAAAGUGGCAGCCAUUAACAAAUGCACUGUUCCAGAGUCUCUUCUGGAAAAGAUUGUUGAGAAAAAAACUGUGAGAAAGGGAGGCAUAAUUAUUCUCAUGCAAUCAUCUGUGCUUAGGAAGUAUUUCUUAACCAUAAUAUUGGCAUGGUUCUCCUUGAAUGUUACAUACUACUCCCUUUCAUUCAAUGUUGGAAAUCUUGGCUUGGACAUCUUCCUGACGCAGCUUAUAUUUGGUCUGACUGAACUCCCAGCUCAUAUCCUUUGCAUAUGGCUGUUAGAAGCACUGGGGAGAAAAGUGUCACUGAUGUCAACUCUUCUGAUCGGGGGAUUCUUAUGCUUCUUAAUCCUAGCUGUUCCUCAAGAUAAUGCUGUUGCUAUGACCACGUUAGCAACUUCAGGACGUUUUUUCAUUAACUGGGCAGGAUCCAUAUGCAAUGUGUAUGUUCAGGAGCUGUUCCCAACAUCUUUUCGACAAACAGCCUCUGGUUUGGGCUCCAUUGCCAGCAGGGUUGGUGGCCUGCUGGCUCCACUGCUCAACAUGUUGGCUGUGUACCACUGGUCCAUACCCACCGUAGUCUUCAGCAGCCUGACACUGGUCAGUGGAGCCCUGGGCUUCCUUCUUCCUGAGACCAGGAGGAAAGAGCUUCCUGAUUCAACCGAUGAGGCUGAGGGCAACACAAAUAAGACCACGCUGAAGAGCCAAAGUGAAACAAAGAAGUUUGCACAAACCAUAUCUACCAAACUGUAGACUGAAUACUUCUGUUACUCUUGCUCCAUGUUUCUCUGCUAGCAGCAGAGACGGGUGGUUAAAAGUUUGCUUUGUCAUACAACUACUGGUCUCAUUAGCCUGAAGUUUGCUUUAGAUAUUCAUGUUUUGUCAGCGCACCUAAAGAUGUUUUACACAGGGCUCUGCAAUAUAUGAAUAUUAUAUCUUUAUUGUGAUAUGAGACCUACGUUUUGUUAAUCGUAAUAUCCAAAUCUAACUUCUCUAUGUCUGCAUUACAUUUAAGUGAUACAUGUAAUUUUUCUACCAGACUUAUAGCUGUUCCAUUAUUUGCCUUUACCAAUUUAAUCAUUAUAUCCACAUUACUGAUGAUUAUUAAUCAGAAACCUCAUUGGGAAAUGCAUCAACGGUAAACCCUAUAAUGUGUAACCUAUAUUAAUAUAUUAUUGUCAUUUUUCCCUAUUUCAGAGCCACCAUAUCCCCUUGUACACAAGACAUUGUAAUGGUUGAGUACUUUUAUGCUUUCCAUUAGUUUUCUUAUUCUGCCACCCUCAGGUUAAAUGUUGGCACACAAUAUAUUUCAAAGUCUAUGAGCUGAUAUCUCUGGAAGUUAGUGACAGCAUACAUGAUCACAGGGUUACAAACCCUUUUAAUUUAAAUGAAACUAUGGCUUAAUCUCUUGUGCCACCCUCAGGACAAUCUUUGUAUUUCAGUCAGUUGUUCAGUUUUUACCUUGAUCUAAUACAGUAGCAUGUUACUUAAAUUAUAAACGGUUUUCUGCGAUCUACUGUACACUGUAAAAACUGUUGCUUUGGUAAAACUUAAAAAAUAUGUGUCAAGCGAUUCCAAGCAAUUUUAAGAGUUGGGUAAACUCACUAAUGUGAUUUUUUCUGCAUAUGAAAAGAUGAGAUGAGCCUACAAUUAAAAGCCCAGAUAUUAAGUGUAACCAAUGCAAAUAACAAUCUGCUAAGAACCA